AUGGAAGAAUUGGCGGGCAUCACGAUCUGCAAAAUCAUCAUCAUCAACAUGGGGUGCAGCAACAACAUCCACAACAACAGCAACAAGUACCCCAGCCAGCACCACCGAUUACAAAAAGUGCCACCGACACGGCAGGAAGUGUAUCGGGAAAUGGAUUAUGGGUCCGAACCGAGCCCCCGUUCGACCGAUCAGCGCACAACCCCGAUGGGAAUCAGUUUGAGCCAUGAGGAGCAGCUUUUGCUUCUCUACCUCAAGCAGAAUGCAGACAUGGUGGCUGCCCUCGGAAUCCUGAUCCCCGACCAAAUCCGGGCCGUUCUCGACGUGAUCCCGUGGAGACGAGUGGAAUUGCGGGGUUACGAGGAUGAGGCACCACAUUCUUACACCCCACAGGGCAUGUCCCCAUCCCGGUUGCCAUCUCAAAACCCUAGUGGAAGAUACGUAAAAAACGUAUCCAGCCAGUCGAACGUACCGCGAUUUGUGAAGCGGCUGGAUGGGCAGAAGGGACGGCAGUAUCCGGACCAAGAAAACGGAGAUACCUCCCGAGGCGGAGAGGGUAGGAUCGCUUCGGAAAUUCGGGAGCACCGAGAGCGGGAGGAGGAGUUCAGAAGGAGCAGGACCGAGCUGGGACUCCCCACGUUGGAACAGUCUAUUGAUGCGUGGAGGAGAGGGCAUAGAGGGAUACCAUUGGAGCAUCAAAUGAGAGGAGGAGGAGGGUUGAGAGGAGCACGAAGUUAUGAUAAGCUGCAUCAGGUUGGCGACCCGCUCCAAAAAACCGUCUCCGUCGAUCAUCUCCACCGUGACGAUGACUAUGAUUAUGUCCAGCAGCCCCGGCACGCCAUCUCGAGACAAGAA